UGAAACCUCCUUAGAGGCGUCUGCUGUAAGAAGAAGGAAAUAUUUUUGCUUCUUGUAUCCAUUUUCUUCUCUGACAUGCAACACAUGCUGAAAUAUGUUUUCCUGUAUAGACAUUAUAUGUAAAGCAUGAUUAGCAAGGUCUGGCUAAACCUGACUCUUCUCUUCUGCUUUGUAAGGCACUCCUCUUUAGAGAAAGAUGGUGUAUCAGAUUGCAUAGACGAAGAACCACGCUAUCAAUAUGUAGUAUUUUCUGGAGAGACUGUAUACUUUCAGUGUAAUACAACAUCCUCUAAUCCACCUGUAAAACCUGAAGAAAACACAAUUAAGUGGUUCUUACAAAAACCUGACCGAAGUCUUGAAGAAGUUAAAAGUGGAAAGAACUUCAAUAUUAUUAAUGGUAAAAAUAAAACUAUCCUUGAGAUAUCCCCAUUGGAAAGAAAACACUCAGGGACAUACAUAUGUAGAAUGGAAAAUCACUGCAUGAAAAUGAUAGUAAACGUCAAAGAAGAAAGCUGUCCAAAAUAUGGCCCUAAAAGUCUAUUUCUUAGAAACACAGGUGCAGUGUCUGUGUCAUGCCCAUCACUAAACUGUCACCAAGGAAACAAUGUAACAAACGUGACAUGGUAUAAGACUACAUUUUUAGAACCUGUGGAAUCUCCAAACCGUUUCACUUUAAAGAUAAUUAAUAAUGACGUCCAGUUUUCGGAGAUCUAUGUAGAAGAUGCUGGAAUUUAUACCUGUGAUUAUGCUGUAAACAUGAGUGGAGAGGAAUUGAUAAUGAGAGCAACUAUUCAGGUUUCAGUUGAUGUUGAAGAUACACAAGACCCCCCAAAAAUAUUGGGUCCUUCCAAUGGGACAGAAAUAAAAGCUGAACUUGGAAAACCCAUUGAAUUAACUUGUCGAAUUUUUUUUGGAUAUGAAAGAUAUUUGAAUCCAGUAAGGACAUGGACAGUUCUGAAACCUGAAUUUAAAGAGGAACGUUUUGAAGGACGUGAACAUUGUUUAAAUAUUAGCAACGGUCUGAAAGGAUAUGAAUGCCUCAUUACGAAGACUUUGGAGAGAGUAACAAAUAAUGAUCUACAGACAAUAUUUCAAUGUUCUGCUCAGAAUGCAGUGGGAAAUGUUACAACUACAUUCAAGCUGUCCAGAAGAGAAACAGAUGUAGUUUUCCUUAGGCAUACGUUGACCGCAUCAGUAAUCUUUUUGGUAAUCCUACUCAUGUGUGCUGGAGCAGUAUACGUAUACUGGAUUGAAAUAGUGUUGCUUUAUCGUCAUUAUCUGUCAAAGGAUGAGACCAUUGGAGAUAACAAAGACUUUGAUGCCUUUAUUUCAUAUGCAACACAGACUACUGAGUUUAGUGAAGAAAGUUUUUACGACACUUAUGAGGAACAGCGAUUUGCAACACAGUUGUUACCAAGUGUGCUGGAGGACAAUUAUAAUUACAAGCUCUGUAUCCCCGAAAGAGAUAUUUUGCCAGGAGGAGCCUAUGUUGAAGAUAUUGCCAAGAUCGUUAAGAGAAGCAGACGAGCUAUUUUCAUACUGACUCAGAGAUACAUCACAGGACCAAGCCUAUUUGAGCUCCAGGCAGCUAUUACAUGCUCUCUGGAGGAACAAGAGAGCCUCAAACUAAUUCUGAUUAAGCUGGAGCCUUUUAAAGAACCAGAGAGUAUACCACAAAUAGUGAAGAGAGCUCUGAGAGCUCUACCUAUAGUCUCCUGGAAAGGGGACCUCAACAGUAAAUCUGCUCAUACUGCAAAGUUUUGGAAAAGGAUCAGAUAUUAUAUGCCGGUGAAAAAAAGCAGGGGGAAUCUAAAAUUAUGAUUUUCUAUUGUCUCAAAAACUUAUGUCAGAUCUUUAUAUCACUUUAACAUUAUAUCACUGAUUGGAUGCAAGUCUUUAAAGAGCAUCUGUCAUCAUGUUAACACUAUUAAACCAGACAUAAUGCCUGGUAAGGUUGAUUGAGCCUUCUAUUAUUACUUUUAUUUGUAUGCAAAUGCAGUGAUCAGAGCACCAAGAGUCUGGCUAAGCCCCUCAGAGUAUCGCUUCACCUCUUCCUUUCCCCCUGGCCACUCCCUAUCAUGGCCUGACCUUGCCAGACAUCCUCACUUUUGGAUUUCCGGCCCUGAAAUCUCAUGCUUGCACUGGGGAAACUUCAUCAAGGAGAGCCUCUUGAGAUCAACCUUGCAUGUGUGAAUGAAGUAGCUGGACAGUGAGGAUGCCUGGCCUUGUCAAUCAGGCCAUGAAGGAGAGUGGCCAUGGGGGAGAGAAGGAGGUGGAGUGGUGCUCUGAGGGGCUAGGCCAGACCCUCAGUGCUCUGAUCACUUUAACUCCAUAAAAAUAAAAGUAAUAAAUAUGUUGCAAGGGCAACAUCCAUUUCCUGCAAUAAAGGGCUCAUUUUAUUCACCAUGGUGUACCCUACUAGGCAGUAUGUCACGUUUAAUGGGAUUGAUCAUGAUGACAGAUUCUCUUUAAGCUAAAGGGGACAGUAGAGAAUAUUUGACACAGUGGACAACUGCUUUCCUGUGCAACAGACAACAUUCAAACUUUUCGUUUCAUCACACAACAGCACCGUAAACAACUAAAAAUCAUCAGCUAUUAAAAACAGGAAAAACUGGAAACAAUAGGCAAAUUUAAAAGAUAAAAUGUGUAGUUAUUGAAUCUCUUCUGAUCUUUCAAACUGCGCUGCACAUGUGCACUAAUGUCUUCUAUUAUUACUAUUAUUGCCAUUUAAAGGGAUUCUAUACCUUUUUCUUCUUAUGCAUCCUUUGGAUAGGUUGUCAGCAUGUGAUCGGUGGUGGUCCGACACCCAGGACUCCCACUGAUCAGCUACUGGUAGCGCCACGGCCUUCUCCGCGUUUCCCACAGGCCAGUGACGUUACAACUAUGUCACAUGGCCUGGGCGCAGCUCACCCCCAUUUAAGCUACUGCGAGCACUGCUGCCUUCUCAAACAGCUGAUUGGCGGGAUUCCCAGGCAUCAGGCCCCCACCAAUCAGAUACUGAUGACCUAUAGGAUAGAUCAUCAGUAGGAAAAAGGUAUAGAAUGCCUUUAAUGAAACCCUUUAAUGACCAAAACGAAGAAAUUGUGUAUAAAGGUGUUACAUAUAUCCAGGGGCGUAACUAAAGGCUCACGGGCCCUGGUGCAAGAGUUCAGUUUGGGCCCCCCUUUCCCUAGUGCUUUGUGGCCAGGGGCAGGGAAGCACAUUGCCUUCGUGCUGCCUGAGGCAAAAAUUGAAACAGCAUGCCAUGCCAAAUUCUUGACCUAAUCCCUUCCGUCCAGCCAUUUAUGUAUGAUCCAUUAUAAAUUUGCUCAUGUAGCACCAAAAUAACACACAGGACAUUUUCAUAGAAACCCAAUUGAUCUGUCUUACUUUUAAUGGUCCCUUUACACGGACACAAGCACGAGAUUAGCAUACACAUUUUACGAUAAUUGUGUUUUUUCCCCCUCAUCUUUACCUCCUCUCAGAUGCCUGUUUACAUGUGUUGAUGUGCUGCUGACAAUCAUGGCCAAGGACUGUGAAUGAUAAUUUCAACAAAUUAUCGUCUUGUGUAAAAGAGUCUUUGGUCUGCAAAAGGAAACUCAUUUAAACAAAAGAACACUACAUACUGCAAUCACCCUGCCAGAAAGAACACUUUCAAA